AUAGGAAACGAAGUGUUGGAAUGUAAUAUAAGAACAUCCGUGCCAAACCGCAUAUAUCUAAAAAUUCGAAGGUAGUUGAGCAGCGUGUGUGCUCUGGUGAAGAUAAUUAAAAAUAUAUUUCAAUGGCCGUAGAAAGUAUAAGUCCUACUCCAGAAGAUUUACAAAAGAAGGUUUACUUUCUUCUCGAACAGUUACAGCUUAUGGCUAGAGAACUACCACCAAAAUACCAGCAACGAGUGCCAUGUGAACUGCUCUCUGGUUUAGCAAAUGCAUUAAAUGAUACGAUAUUUGAAAUUGUGAAGGGUUUAAUGGAAAUUCAACAUGUAACUGAAAAGCACCUGUUCCAACAAAGGUUACAGUUAGUCAACAAGCAUUCAAUGGAGAUGCAGGACAUGCUUGAACAUACGAGUGAUCCUACAGCCAGGCAGAAACAACGAAUACUCCUUCAGCAAAAACAUAAAGAAGAAUUAAAACAUACUGAUAUGAAAUUAGUUCUUCAGCUUGACCAGAAAGUUAGUGAUCAGCAAGUCACAUUAGAAAAGGCAGGUGUUCCAGGAUUUUUUGUCACGAACAACCCAUUAGAUGUAAAAGUGCAAAUGUACUUACUGGACUUCAUACUUAGACUCAGUAAAUACCAAAACAAUGGAAAAGAAGAAAUUUGAAGUGAUUUAUCAGAUUCAGUGAACAAUCACUUUGUUCCAUCAGGUGCCUACUGUUGUGAUAUUCCUGUCACCAUUUGUGUAACAUAAUUAGGCAAUAUUAAAUGUAAAGGUUGUUCUUCAUUCAUACUGAUAUUGCAUGUUACUCAGGAGAAGAGCUUUCACCUAGCCAGAUGCAGGUCAGUUACUAGCCUGGAGCUGGAAACAAAAACUUUGGCGAAAACUUUCUUGAGUACAUAAUAGUGUAAUGCUUUAAAUUUACAAAAUUGAGUUAAUGAAUUGUAAAUAACAGUUAAUUUCCUUAUACACAAUCAAGGACAGAACUCUUCUGCUGGCUAACAAACAGUUAUUCAAUUAAAAAGAAUGGAAAUUUAUAGCAGUGAAAGUGUGUGAUAAAUUUGAUAUUGUGACAAAAUUUGAAUAAAUGAGAUGCUGCACA